AUGAACCUUUGGCCUGAUCCAGUUGCAGGGCUCUCCUUCUGGUGUUCCUCUUAUAGCACUCUUAAUUUGUUUUCCCCAGAGCUGCGCUCAUACGCUCAGACCUUGUUGGAGUUCCUGCGUCGGGCGGAGGAGUUUUUCCGCACUCAGAUUGACUUCUCGUUCUUCACACACUCCCUCCCCCAAUUCAUGGAGCAAGUAUACCACCACCUCUUCCCUCCUCGAGCACGCCAGGAUUCCAGAGAGCAGGUUGCAGAGUCAGAGGCGGUCGUUGCCACAGGAGGUGGGCGAGAGAGCCUGCAACCGGAUGCCAGGAAAAUGCAAAAACGAGAAGCCCAGACUUCGCCCAGGAGGCCUCCUCGGUCCACCCUCCCCUCCUUUGCCUCGUUGUUCCAGGGCACGGGGCCCACAUUGGGCGACUGGGUGCAGGAGCUGAAUGCCCUGGCUGAGGGCUCAAGAACCACAGCAGGCGGGGAGGAGCAGCUGUUCCUGCAGCAGGCAGAUGGGGAGGUGAAGGAGCUGCAGGAACAAGGGCGGAUCUUCCUUCAGCAGCUGCGGAGAGAACUGGACCUUCAGGGUGCUUUCCCCAAAGCCGGGACAGAGGAGGAAGCCACCUCUGCCUCCGCCACCACUCCCCAAGGUCUUGCCUUGAAUGACUCCCUGGCCAGCGAGGCCCACCCCCGGCGGGAAAAGCGCAGCCUUGGGAAUGCGGGCCCCAUUUGGGGAAAGGAUGACACCUUCCCCCAAGUUCCUGCUGCAGGCUCCAGCUGCCGGGGCGUCAAUGAAUCUGCCCAGCAGGUCCGUUCCGUGCGCGAGAAGCACCGCUGGAUCCUUCAAGUGCCUGAGAGGGACCUUGCUAUGACAUUCCAGGAGAUCCUCGUGGAUCUGGGCUCCAAGAACUCCAAGGGCCUAUACAGGGCACGCGUCCAAGCCACCGUUGGACACAGAUCCACCUCCUUCACCGGUCUCGUUGGCCUGGCCAGCGACUCUCUGUACCGCAGCAUGCCUGGCCUCAUUGCCCUCGCCCUGGAGAGCCUGAAGACCUAACCUGGCUGCUCCUGGCAGGGGUUGGACUAACAGGACGCCCUGCGAAACCAGAGGACGAAGGCACAGAGAUGCCGCACACCCCUAACUAAGUGAGGCCCCUGUCCUCCAGGGUACGAUGGCCUGGGAGUAAGGAAGUGUGGCGCACGUCUGCUGAUCUGCCAGUGGAGGGAUGAGGGGCCUUUCUUAAUCCAAGGGCCGCAUUGCCUUGUUGGGAACCUUCUGGGAGCCACAUGCCAACGGAAAGCAGGGACAGGCAGAAGGGAGCAGAGCAACAGACUCUCUACCUUUGUGCAGCUGGCUGCAUUCCAGCCAGACAAAAACCAGAAGUUUACAUAAACAUAAACACA